GUCGCUCCAUCGGCCAUCUUUGUUCCCUCAUUCAAUCCGCUUGCGCCUGCAUGGCGUCACUUCCGGGGCGGGCUUCACCAUUGUCAACACUGCGCAGUCGCAGUCGCUUGAAGGCCAAACAGGAAGUGGCGCUCAUUUCAGCGAGGAGAAGGCUGCGAAGAAGAAGCAGGCCUUUGUUUCCCUUUCACGAAAGAAGGAAGAGUUUCCGGCCAUGUCGCUGUCUCAUUUGUUUGGCGGUGGCGGAGGGGGCGGUCCCGACCUGCGACCUGGGCAGGAAGCGGAAGCGGAGGGCAUAGAGUUGGAGGCCUUUGAGGUGACGGAGUGGGAUCUCCAGAACGAGUUCAACCCCCUCCGCCACCGGCAGCACCGCCAGACUAAGGAGCAGGCCCUCUAUGGCGUCUGGGCAGAAAGAGAAGAACGUGAAGGGGCGGGACCAGAACAGGAAGGGGAAGAGGACUCUGACGACGAGGAGCAGGAGGCAGGAUGGGAGGACCUUGAUGGACAGCACCAGCAGCACCGGCCCAGCUUUGCAGGGAAGCGGUCACGGGAUUAUUCAGCUCCGGUGAAUUUCAUUAGCGCCGGAUUGAAGAAAACUGCGGCUGAAGAAAUAAUAACCGAUGAUGAAGAAGAAGACUCAGAGGAAGAAGGAAAGAAGAAGACAAAGAAGAAAGAGGAAAAAGGUCCCAAAAAGGAGUUCGUCCCAAAAAGACUGAAGACGGGUGUGAACUUUAAGCCAAGCCAAAGGGCCUUUUUUGGUGGAACAAAGUCCUUUUUGGACUUUGGAAGUUGGGAGCGACACACCAAGGGAAUCGGGCAGAAACUCCUUCAGAAAAUGGGAUAUGUCCCCGGAAGAGGCCUUGGCAAGAACGCACAAGGCAUCCUGACCCCAAUCGAGGCCAAGCAGCGGAGGGGGAAGGGAGCCCUGGGAGCUUAUGGAUCUGAGCGGACGGCCCAAUCACUGCAGGACUUUCCGGUGGGCCCCGAUUUGUCUGAGGAAGAAGAGGAGGAUCUUAAGCGGGAGCUCGGCCAGUGGCGGAAGGAGCCUGGGAAGAAGCGACCUGGCCCCAAGUACAGCUACAAGACUGCAGAAGAGCUCAAGGCCCGGGGGCGGGGCCAAGGGAGGGGAGGGGCCUCCGGAGACAUAGCAGCGUCCGCCACAGGGACGGGACCUCGUCCACAUCCCCCCAAUGUCAAGGUGAUUGACAUGACCGGUCGUGAGCAGCGGGUGUAUUACAGCUACAGCCAGAUCAGCCAGAAGACGCAGCAGGUUCCUCCCCCAUCCGAGGCGGGCAGCCAAUCCCCUUCUUCUUUCUCACAUUUGCCGGGCAGACCUCCCCCAGCCAAGCCUCCUCCCAGCUUCUCCCUGCCGGAGCUGGAGCACAAUCUGCAGUUGCUGAUCGACUUGACGGAGGAGGAGAUCCUGCAGAGCGACCGACGGGUCCAGGCGGAGCGGGACCGCGUGGCUGUCCUGGGGGCUGAGAUCGCAAAGGCGGAGGUGGCCCUCCAAGAAGAAGAGGCCCAAAUACACAGCCUGGAGAAGGUCCUGGAAGCUGUGGAGACCUGUGAGAAGCGGCCCCUCACCCUCGAGGAAGCUGCCAGUAUCUUCCGGAAGCUGCAGCGUGAACACGGGCCCGAGUACCACCUCUGUGGCCCCGACACCCUGGCUGCUGCCAUCGCCUUCCCCUUAGUCAGGGAACACUUCCGACAAUGGCAGCCCCUCAAGGACUGCAGUUACGGUACAGAGAUCAUGGCGAAAUGGAAGUCCCUCCUGGAGAACGACCACCUCUUGUCCCAUGGGGGGCAGGACCUAUCCUCAGACGCAUUCCACCGGCUGAUGUGGGAGACGUGGAUGCCGAUCGUGCGGGGGACAGUGUCGCAAUGGCAGGCGCGUGACUGCAUCCCAAUGGUGGACUUCCUGGACUGCUGGGAGCCCAUCAUCCCUGUCUGGAUCAUGGACAACAUCCUCGACCAGCUCAUCUUCCCCAAGCUCCAGAAGGAGGUGGAGGGCUGGAACCCGCUGACGGACACGGUCCCAAUCCACGCCUGGGUGCACCCUUGGUUGCCACUGAUGCGCUCCCGAUUGGAGCCGCUGUACGCACCCAUCCGCAGCAAGCUGUCGAGCGCGCUCCAGAAGUGGCACCCCAGUGACGCCUCCGCCAAGCUCAUCCUCCAGCCCUGGAAGGACGUCUUCACCCCCGGCUCCUGGGAGGCCUUCAUGCUCAAGAACAUCCUCCCCAAGCUCGGGAUGUGCUUAAACGAGCUGGUGAUCAACCCACACCAGCAACACAUGGACGCCUUCUUCUGGGUCAUGGACUGGGAGGGGAUGAUCUCCGUCUCUAGCUUGGUCGGCCUCCUCGAGAAGUACUUCUUCCCUAAAUGGCUCCAGGUGCUGUGCUCAUGGCUGAGCAACAACCCGAACUACGAGGAGAUCACAAAGUGGUACCUGGGGUGGAAGUCCAUGUUCUCGGACCAGGUGCUAGCCCAUCCCUCCGUCAAGGAGAAGUUCAACGAGGCCCUCGACAUCAUGAACCGAGCCGUCUCCUCCAGCGUUGGGGGCUACUUGCAGCCAGGUGCCCGCGAGAACAUUGCCUACCUGACACACACUGAGAGGUGCAAGGACUUCCAGUAUGAGGCCAUGCAGGAGCGGCGUGAGGCAGAGACGGUAGCGCAGCGCGGGAUUGGCAUGGCAGCCGGAGGGUCGGUGCCCAUGAACUUUAAGGACCUUAUCCAGGCCAAGGCCGAGGAGCACAACAUCGUCUUCAUGCCCGUCAUCGGGAAGCGCCACGAGGGGAAGCAACUUUACACCUUUGGACGCAUCGUCAUCUACAUCGACCGUGGGGUCGUUUUUGUCCAGGGGGAGAAGACAUGGGUACCCACCUCCCUACAGAGCCUCAUCGACAUGGCCAAGUGAAGGAGGAGGGUAGUGGGUCGUUUGGAGGCGGGACUUCUGAGUCGAGGGGGGAACUUAUUCCCAUACCCUUGAGGGGGGAUUGUAUUGCAUUGGCCGUUGUAUUGCAUUGGGGAGUCCAAUUUGUAAUAUAACAAAGCUUGUUUUCAAAUAAUACAUAAAUUUUUUAGGACUC